CAUCUGAAACAACAUCUAGCCCACUUCAAUCUUCAUCACGAAGAAAACCAGAAUACCCAUGGACCUGGCCCAUCAUAAUCUGAACUCGACCCAGUACGAACACUGAAAGUGGAAACCCAUCCGUCGAUCCAUAAACACGUGUCGGCUUCACACGAAGUUUCUACCACCUCCGCACAGCAGAACCGAGCCAGCUCGAAUUAGAUAUGAGGUUAACAUCUCCGCCAUCUCUCACACUCAUUUCUCCGCCGAGUCGCCGCCCAAUCCAAUUCCUCCGACGACCUUCUCCAAACACUACCAACACUAUCCGCUGCCCCUCGUCUCCACCGCACGCAAUGGAUCAGCCGGACUCUAAUCGCCGAGUAGUCGUCUGCGGCGGCGGCGUAAUCGGCGUCUGCACGGCCUACUUCCUAGCCAAAAAGGGCGUCUCCGUCACCCUCAUCGAGAAAUCCUCCAUCGCCUGCGCUGCGUCCGGGAAGGCCGGCGGAUUCCUCGCCCUCGAUUGGUGCGACGGCGGGCCGGUGGGCCCGCUCGCUCGAGCCAGCUUCAAUCUCCACCGCACCCUCGCCCAGGAGCUCGACGGCGCCCAAUCCUACGGCUACCGCCCCCUGACCACGCUCAGCCUAACCGUCGCGGAGUCGGAAUCGGACAAUCCGCCGGAAUCGUCUUCAGGAGAGAAGAAAAUCCCUAAUUGGGUCGACGGGCCGGCCCGGGCACCGAGGACGAUCGGGACAACGGAGACGACGGCGCAAGUCCAUCCGCAGCUGUUCACGAGGACGCUGGUUACGAAGGCGGUCGAGGGUUACGGGGUGGAGGUGGUGAUCGGGAAAGUUGAGGCGGUGGCGGUGGAGGACGGGCGUGCGAACUCGGUGGUCCUCGAGGGCGGACGAGUCAUCGAAUCUGACGCGGUGGUGCUGGCGCUUGGGCCGUGGUGCGGUAAGUUCGAGAUGUUGCAAUCCAUUUUCAGAGUUUAUGGGCUGAGAGCUCACAGUAUUGUCUUGGAGCCGAAGAGGCCCGAUGCCAUCACGCCUCAUGCGCUUUUCUUGAGUUAUUUGCCGGGCGGGGUAGGAAAGCCCAUGGACCCUGAAGUGUAUCCGCGGCCCACAGGGGAGGUUUAUGUGUGCGGAAUGUCGUCGGAGGUGGAAGUGCCGGAUGACCCGGAGCAAAUAACGGGCGACCUGGAAUCGAUCCGGGUGCUAAAGAGGGUGGCGAAGACGGUCUCGAGCCACCUGGCCGAAGGGGAAGCAACAGUGAAGGCAGAGCAAGCCUGCUUCUUGCCCUGCACGGAUGACAGCUUGCCGGUGAUCGGAGAGAUUCCGGGAGUGAAGGGUUGUUUCGUGGCGACCGGACACAGCUGCUGGGGGAUCCUUAACGGUCCGGCGACGGGAGCUGCGAUGGCUGAGCUUGUGGUGGAUGGGGAGUCCAGCAUUGUGGACCUUUCUCGGUUUAGUCCGGCCAGGUUUGGCAGGAGGAGGAAGAUGUAAUAGGUCUUUUCUAUGUAUUGUUUGUUCAUGGAGUACGAAGUUUGGGUAAGGGAAGGAAUAAGAUAAAAUGGGUUAAUGGUCACUGUGUUAAAUUGUGCUGAAAUCGUAAAGGAGACAAGAUGUAACGUGGUUCUUCCGAGUGGCGAGGCUUACGUCCACGGGAAGAUUGAGAUUUUGUAUUAUUGCUCUUGACGGCACAUGGUCGAGUACAUGUAUUUAUACCCUAUGCUACUGUCACCGAGGGUUACAUGUUUGACGUGGGAAUUAUGAGAGUCCGUGCACCGUGAGGAGAUCGCGUGAGCACAAGACGUGGGCUCUACUUCAGCUGAUGCAGCUCGGCCCAAUACUCCCUUGCAAGCUGGCACAUAAAGAUCACUAAUGUUCAGCUUGGAUAGAAGGAAUCGGAAACGCUCAGCACCAAGACCUUUAGUUAGGAUGUCGGCAAGCUGGAGGUCUGUAUGGACCUUAACUGGCAAUAUCUGACCAGUCUAAACAUGUUUCCGGACAAAGUGGCAAUCCAUUUCCACAUGUUUAAUGCGCUCGUGGAAGACCCACAAGACGUGGGCUCUACUUCAGCUGAUGCAGCUCGGCCCAAUACUCCCUUGCAAGCUGGCACAUAAAGAUCACGAAUGUUCAGCUUGGAGAGAAGGAACCGGAAACGCUCAGCACCAAGACCUUUAGUUAGGAUGUCGGCAAGCUGGAGGUCUGUAUGGACCUUAACUAGCAAUAUAUGACCAGUCUAAACACGUUUCCGGACAAAGUGGCAAUCCAUUUCCACAUGUUUAGUGCGCUCGUGGAAGACCCACAAGACGUGGGCUCUACUUCAGCUGAUGCAGCUCGGCCCAAUACUCCCUUGCAAGCUGGCACAUAAAGAUCACGAAUGUUCAGCUUGGAGAGAAGGAACCGGAAACGCUCAGCACCAAGACCUUUAGUUAGGAUGUCGGCAAGCUGGAGGUCUGUAUGGACCUUAACUGGCAAUAUCUGACCAGUCUAAACACGUUUCCGGACAAAGUGGCAAUCCAUUUCCGCAUGUUUAGUGCGCUCGUGGAAGACCCACAAGACGUGGGCUCUACUUCAGCUGAUGCAGCUCGGCCCAAUACUCCCUUGCAAGCUGGCACAUAAAGAUCAUGAAUGUUCAGCUUGGAGAGAAGGAACCGGAAACGCUCAGCACCAAGACCUUUAGUUAGGAUGUCGGCAAGCUGGAGGUCUGUAUGGACCUUAACUGGCAAUAUCUGACCAGUCUAAACACGUUUCCGGACAAAGUGGCAAUCCAUUUCCACAUGUUUAGUGCGCUCGUGGAAGACCGGAUUAUUGGCGAUAUGAAUGGCAGCCUGAUUAUCACAAUGGAGAGGAGUAGGCGCUGGCUGCGGAACGCCAAACUCAUGCAACAGCCAACGUAACCAUAGAGUCUCACUGACAGUACUAGCCAUGGCCCGAUAAUCGGCCUCGGCAGACGAACGAGCAACAACACGUUGCUUUUUGGUGCGCCAGGAGAUGGGGGUACCUCCUAGAGUGAUGAAUUAUCCGGUCGUAGAUCAACGUGUACUCUGACAACCUCCCCAGUCUGCAUCACAGUAGGCUACAACUCAAAGAGAGUUACUGGUGGAAAAGAAGAGACCUUGACCAGGCGAAUUUUUUUGAGGUACCUAAGAACUCGGAAUGUCGCGUCAAGGUGUUGCUGACUGGGUGCCUGAACGUGAUGGCUUAGGACAUUAAUUGCACAAUUUACCACUUAAGUUCACCAUUUGUUGCACGACGACCACCUAAGUACGUUUUAUUGCAACUAAAUCACUUACGUCAAA